CCGAUCUUGACAUUUUUCCCUCCUGAAUUCUACACCAGUGUACCCUCUACUAUACAAUUCCAGCAGACAAUUAAACUACAGAAAGACAAGAAGAAAAUGGUCCGCCACAAAAAAGACCACAUGCCCCGAGGAGGCAAGAAAUUCUCCAAUCCCCGCCCGCGCGUACCCCGCGAUGGCGACGGCCCCUCCACCAAACCCUCCUUCAAGGCCGCCUGCUGGGACCUGGGGCACUGCGAUCCGAAGCGCUGCUCCGGUAAACGGCUGAUGAAAUUGGGGCUGAUGCGCGAGUUGAAUAUCGGGCAGAGGUUUCCCGGUGUGAUUGUCAGCCCCAACGCAAAGAAGAUCAUCUCCCCCGCAGACAAGGAACUCAUGGAGCAAUACGGCGCCGCAGUGGUGGAGUGCUCCUGGGUGCGCGUAAAGGAAGUCCCCUGGGCGCGGAUAGGCGGGAAGUGCGAGCGACUACUCCCCUACUUAAUCGCCGCAAACACAGUAAACUACGGCAAACCCUGGCGCCUCAACUGCGUCGAAGCCCUCGCCGCCUGCUUCUGCAUCUGCGGCCACUUCGACUGGGCGCGUGACGUCCUCCAACACUUCCGGUACGGCGAGGCCUUCCUAGAAAUCAACUCGGAGCUACUCCAGCGCUACGCAGCAUGCGAGACGGAAGAGGACGUCAAGCGGACCGAGGAGGAGUGGCUCGCGAAGAUCGAGCGCGAGUACGAAGAGAGCCGCGAGACGGGCGCGGACGACAUGUGGACGGUGGGGAACACAAACCGGAAGGUGCAGGCUGGGUCAGACGAUAGCGAGGAGGAUGGAUCUGACGGUGAAGAGGAGGAGGAAGACAAAGACCCUUUUGCUAUCUCCGAUGACUCGGAAGAUGAGGCGCAGAUGGCGGAGAUCAGGGCCAAGACGCUUGCGUCCAAGGCCUUCCAGAACCCUACUACUGUGCCGGAGAAGCCGCAGCCGGAGAAGAUCGCUCGGCCGGAGGGCGAGAGACAGCGGCUGGAGGACUCGGAUGCCGAGUCUGGGUCUGCUGAGGAUAGCGACGAUGAGGCGUUUGACAAUAUCAUCGAUGCAACGCCUGUCACGGACCGGACGGGGAUUGCGGCUGCGCAGCGCAAGGGGAAGGCGACGGAGACGUUUAGUGCGUCGUUCUCGAGGACGGUGGUCGAUGCGCCGAAGCGGUGGUGAUUGUUUGUUGCAUCGGGCAAAGAAAAAGUUACAUCCGCAUGUCUGGGUUUUGGAGUUCGGAGCUAUGCACGAUAUGUACUACUUAUG